AUGUUCUGUCGGCACGAUCGUCGGAUUAUAAGCAAGAACAUCGCUCGUUAUGAAAAAGAGCGAUGUUUUUUAAUAACGAUCGAAGUUUUUUGCUCACACCUCGGUAAGAAUUUAAAAGUAUCAACAAGGCACGUUAACUGUCGCAUUCAGCCACAGUCUGGUCACACUCAUUGUCUCAUCAUCGUAUUCGAAUUCUGGGUAUUGUAUUACGACAAUAGCUACUUCCUCGUUCAUAUUGAUUAUAUCCAUGAAAGUGUUUGGCGGCUCGGUGUCAUCGCCGUUAUUCCACGGAAACAUUCUGGCGCCGUCGUGGAUACUGUGGCUGGUGCAGUUGUCAAUGCUGAAGUUGGCGCUUUCGUGAAUACCGUGGUUGGUGCAGUUGUCGAUGCUAAAGUUGUUGCUGUCUUGGAUACUACGGCUGAUGCAGUCGUCGAUGGAGAAGUUGGCGCCGACGUCGUUGCCGUGAAUGGUGUAGUUUUCAGUGAAGUAGCUGGCGUCUUCGUUGAUACCGUGACCGGUGCAGCUGUCGAUGUUAUCGUUGGUGAUGUCGUGGAUACUACGGCUGAUGCAGUCGUCAGUGCUAAAGUUGACGUCGUCGUGGAUACAGUCGCUGGUGCAAUUGUAGAUGAAAAAGUUGGCGCCGUCGUGGAUACCGUGGCUGAUGCAGUCGUCGAUGCUGAAGUUGGCACCGUCGUUGAUACCGUGGCUGGUGCAGUUGUCGACGUUAAAUCGUUUCUGCCACUGUCGCUGACUGUGUAG